GCGCGGCCUGCGGUCCAAGACUGGCAUGGCCGCCACGCCACGGCUCGCGGGGACAGCCGGCCCGGAGCCUCAGCCCUCAAGGAACAUGUCAUCCCUGUUCUCGAGGGGCCCCAAGAGCUUGGUCAGAGAGCUGGGCAGGAAAGGUGAGCUGGUGCCCGUGGACAGCCUGGCCAGUGCCCUGCGCCUGCGCCCCUUCUGCCUGGUGAGGAAGAAGCACAGACGCCACCUGUGGCCUUGGGACGCCCCCCUCAUCCCCACGGACUUCUCCCUCGUGGAUGCACUGGAGCCCGGCUCCAUCCCAGUGCCGAGUGACACCCAGCACUGCCUGCUGGCCCAGUGCCUGGAGAGGGGGGUCCUGCCUCAGCGGCUGGAGCUGGUGAGAACCUGGGGAGGGGAUGUGGGGAGGACAUCCGGGGAAACAGACCUGCAGAGCGUGCGCUGGGCUCUGCCCUCUGUGUACCCAGACCUGAGCAGCCUCUGCUGGGCGGGCUACACCCGGGUUUAUUGGCGAUGA